AAUUAUUUUGACCAAAACUUCGUCUUAAUUAUGAGCCAGUAUUUUAAUUUGCAAAGGGUAAAGAGGAAAUGAAAAUUAUUAAAAUAUAGAAGAGAUGUAAAAAGAUAAUUCUAAAAAGGAGUGAAUCGAAGUAGGAAUUUAACUGGAGUUAAUUAGUUUCAUGUAAGGAUUUGGAUUGUUGAGAAAAAUUAACAAUAAUUAUAUAAUUAAUGGGAAUUUAACAUAGUUGUUGUAUGAGAGAGUGCUCGAAAAGGGAAUAAAAUCAUGAUUCUGAAGUGCAGGUGAUCAAGAGUUAAUAGAAUUUAAAUCUAAAACGUCAGUUUACAAAUGAAAACUAAACUUUAAAGACUACAUAGAAAGGAACAAAUUAAUUUAGCGAUGCAGAUAACUCAUUGGAAAUGUUGGAGGAGAAUUAAUCAAGUAAUUUGGAAAACAAUCCAGUACCAGCAUUUGUCUAAAAUAAAUAAUUGCAUCAAUUUAUUGUUCCAAAGAGGGAAAAUCGAUUUAUGUAAGAUAUUGAGUGUGAAGUAAAAGCAAGGAUAAGGCAAAUGUAAUUAUUUUUAAGUAAUAAUAGAUAUAUAUAGGAAAAAUUUGAAGCUUUAUAAUCUCAUUAUUCUGAAAUAAAUCAUUAAUAAUAUCCAUUAAAAUCUUAAGAGUGUUCCUCCAAAUUUCCUAAUUAUAAUGAAACAAAUAGUAAUUUGAAUUGGAACCAUGGUUCAUGUUUAGGGAUUGAAAAGUUAUAAAGUACAUAAUUAGAAUGUAUAACUGUACCACAAAAGGAGACAAGAGGAAUAUUAAAAAAUGAUUAAUAAUAAAAACAAUCUUAAUCUGCGGAUGCUAAAUCUGGUAAAGAAGUUAAUAAAAAAAAAAGAGUGCAUUUUUCUUAGGAUACAAAAUUUAAGAGUGAUGAUACUUAGUUAUUUUUUAAAUGGAGAAACCUAAGAAAUAUUUGA